AUGAAUCAUUUUGGAAUACGCCAAGCUCCUAACGUAAAUUGGUGCAAGGAGCUGCGUUGGCGAUCACCUCCUUCACCAAACACAGUAGCACUUGUCUCUUACCCUGGUAGCGGUAAUACUUGGUUAAGAUAUCUUCUGCAGCAAGUUACAGGUAUAGUAACGGGCUCAAUCUACAUGGAUUAUGGUCUUCGGGUGCACGGGUUUCCCGCCGAAAACAUCACAGAUGGGUCUGUCCUUGUGGUUAAAACUCAUGAAGCCCCACCACUCGAGCCUAGUAAAUUUAAGUCGGCCAUUAUACUCAUAAGAAAUCCAAGAGACGCAAUAUUGUUUCAGUUAAUGUGGUGC